AUGUCGUCAAGAUUGUUCUAUCUCUUGGGCAAUGAGCCCUCGACAGCGAUCGAGAUUGAAAUUCCUUCAGACAUCAACGACGAAGGCCUACAACAUCUCUUGGCUUCACAUUUCGCAAUUGUUGAGCCCAAAGGCGUCGGCUACGUGUCAGAAGAUGUCGUUCUCACAUCAGUUCCAGAGGUCUUGGCAGCCCAGGGGCCCAUCUCCAUCACUAUAGAUGGCAAGCCCAUUCGGGACGUGCCUGGCCCGACUGGUCUGCCGUAUAUCGGCAACUACUUUGAGGUGUACCCCGAUCACCUCGGCAACAACCAGCGGUUGUUUGAAAGGUACGGCCCGCUGUUCAAGACCACCAACAUGGGAAGCGUGGUCUACCACACCAACGACCCGCAGCUCGCGGGCAUCUUCUUCUCCGAGAGCGACUUCUUCACCAAGAAGAUGAUCCCAGGCCACCCGCUGCACCCCAUCAAGAACAAAGAGGCCGGCGUGUUCCUGGGCGACACGGACACCGAGGAGUGGCGCGUCGCGCACAAGUUCCUGCCCCCGGCGCUCGGGCCCGCCGCCGUCAGGCACUACGCUCCGACGAUGCAGGCCACCGUCGAGGACGCCUUCAAGGUGUUUGACGAGCUCGACGAGCGGGGCGAGGCAUGGAACGCAUACUGGGCCAUGUUGAAGCUCGGGUCGCAGGCGGUCGGAAAGCUGGUGCUGGGCAUGGACUUUAAGCACUUUGAAAAGGUCGAUUCUCCUCCACACGAGAUGGUCAUCAGGAUAGCUCAGUCGCUCGAGCUCAACAAAAAGGUGACGUCUAUGGGCAGCUGGUACGCCAAGAUGCCGUUUGGCGCUCCGCAACAGCUGCGCAAUGCGAGGGACCGCAUUGAGCAGAUGAUGAUCGAGUCAGUCGAGAAUGCAUCCAAGGGCGACGAGGAUCUUGAACUUCAGCAGGCUGCUCUGACUGCCAACAACAUGGUUGACUACGUGCUCCGCGCAAAGGACAGCAAGGGCAACAAGCUUCCCAGGGACAGAAUCCUCGAGCCACUGGUGGUAGCAACCGGUGCAGGAUUCACAACCACAAGCUCACUCUUGUCGUGGUUGCUGUACGGUCUUGUCACCUACCCUGGCGUGCAGGAUAGGUUGCUUCAAGAGCUCGUAGACAACGGCUUUGAUCACGAUACCAAAAUGACGGCUGACUUCACCCAAAAACUCACCUUCCUCGACUACUACAUCAAGGAAACACAACGCAUGCACAACCCCAGUUACCAGCCGGCCCGCACGGCCAAGGCGGACAUGAUCCUGCCCGGCGGCUACCGACUGCCCAAGGACGCCAUCGUGAUCCCGGCGCUGCACUCGCUGCACAAGAACCCGCUGUACUGGGACAACCCUCAGCGCUUCGACCCUGACCGGUGGGGCACCGAGGCGGUCAAGAACAGGCCGGCGGGAUCGUACGCUCCGUUCGGCAUGGGCCAGCGCAUGUGCAUCGGCUUCAACUUCGCGCUGCAGGAGGUCAAGGUGUUCCUGCCCAAGCUGCUGUACCGGUACGAGUUCGAGUCGGCGACAGAAGGAAACGUCGAGUACGAUCCCAUGUUCCAGCUGAUCAGGCCGACGAACUUGUACCUCAGGGCCAGGAGGCGGGUCAAGUGGCCGCCAAGGAGCGAGUCGGCGACUGCGUAA